AUGUGGCACCUGGACCGAAGACGGAGCUGUUCAACUGGAUGCAUAGAGGUGCUUGUCGGGGUGUUGCAGUUCGCACAUGACGACCUGGAGCUCGAGCGCCAGGGUGAAAAUCAGGUCUUUGUCAAGAAGAUCUUGGGACCGGGCCCAGCCUUGCAGAAGAACGUUGUGGUUGGCGAUGUGGUAUCCAAGGUGAACAGACAGAAGAUGGAUUGGCGAAGUGAGCUGUCGGAAGAGGACUAUGAGCACAUAGAGCGUUCUUUGAUGCCAGACAAAGACGGCUCGCUGACGAUCGUCUUCCAGGAUGCUCCGAAGAAAUCAUUAAUGCAGCGGCUUGUGAAGGUCUGCUGCAGAUGCGUUGGAGUGAAGAAAAAGGUGAAGCCUGGUAGCGGGCAGAGCGCGACAGAGUUUGCAAUGGCCAAGAACCCGGUCAUGAGGCCAACGGUAAGGAACUUCUGGAGGUCUCACGGAGCCAUCGCAGAAGUGGAGAAGGAAUCGUUGGGAGAGUGGACGCAGGAGGACAAAGAAGAGGAGGAGAGUGUGGCCAGCGAGGCCGAGGAUGCCGAAGGUUUAGAAGAUCGACAGCUCCUUGAUGAAGUUCCACAGGAACGGUCAAGACUGGCAAAGGCUCGGGCAAAGAAGAGGCUCGACGGGUUUCUUUUCUCCAGAUGGCCAGAUGGCAAAGCUCCAAAGGAGGCAUCUGCUGCAAACUCCGCCCCUCAGACUUUGGAAGGCCAUGACGACUCUCUACAACUCCAGGAGGAAGACAUCUUGCAGGAAGGAUGGGAUGUGGACGAAAUGGCUGACGUCAUCAAGUCAAUGCGGAUUACCGGGCAGGAGGUCUGGUUGGACUGCUUGCUGGUGGCUUUGGAGGAGGAGGUGCUGGAGGAGUCCCCGAUCGUUGAAGUGCUCCGCACCAACGACUUGCAGGAUGUGUCCAAGGACAAACUAAAGGGCCCAGCGAGGGAGAGGCUGCUCAAGUUUUACCGUCGCUUGGAUCAGGUGCUGAAGAUUCUUGAGAACAAGUCAUACCGAAAGUACUAUCAAAACUUAUUGGCGGAAAGUGUGCAGCGCCAGCAGCUCUUCCAGCAGCAGAAUGAGGUUCUUCAUGACUAUGUGUGUGAAUUGGAGAAGGAGUUUGCUGAUAUCAGCGAUGCGAUCUACAACUAUCGCUCCAAAAAGGAGUUGAUGCUAACCAAGCUUGCUGGUCUGCUGGACCGGGGGGAGUACUCACACCUUGGACCCAGAAGAGGAAGAAAGACAAGCAAGCGGUGA